CUGCUGAAGAAGCUCAUUUCCUGAAAUCGCCACAGACAAGUUUAUAAAUCUUCACGCAGAAGCGGCGCACUUCGGUCUCUCAAAUUAAAAGGAUUACAUUUUAGACUUUUUUUUUCCUUUUCUCUUCGGCGGCGAAUGGAGCUUAAAUGGGAUAUACGGUUAGGAGUUUUGCUUGUUUUACUGCAGGUCCUUGGAGGUGGCUGUGUGGAGCCGACGGCGCCAUGUUCCCCUGGUUUUGCUUCUGAUCUUUUCCUCUUCAGAGUUCACAGAAAACACCUGGAGAGGGGCUCCGGGAUCGGCACAGUUGUUUUUAACAGUUGUAGUGGAAGAACACUGGCCGUCUUUGACUCUGGUGAUAAGCGGUUUCAUGUAGACUCUGAUGGCACAGUGAAGCUGAAGAGACGGGUCACUCUUCAUAAUAGCCGUAAGGUCUUCUCUGUCUCUGCUUGGGACUCCAGAGGAAAGAAACACACUGCAAUUGUGAGGGUGGAACAUCAGAGUCAAGCUGAACACAGUCAUGAACAGCAGGAAGAUGUUGGGGCAAUUGAACCUGUGCAGGCUUAUCCCCCCUCGACACUCUUUCUGGAGUUUCCAGCAUCAGGUGGAUUACGGAGAAGGAAAAGAGAGUGGGUGAUUCCUCCGAUCAGUGUCUCGGAGAAUAAAAGAGGGAAAUACCCUAUGGAGAUGGUGCAGAUUAAGUCCAGUUAUGCUAAAGAAACAGCGAUGACGUACCGGAUCACUGGUGAAGGAGCAGACCAGCCUCCAGUGGGAAUUUUCACAAUAGAUAAAUACACUGGUUGGCUCUUUGUGACAAUGCCUCUAGACAGAGAAAAACAAGAUAGAUAUGUGCUGCAAGCCCAUGCUAAGGCAACUACUGAUCAAAUCAAAGAAGAACCCAUGGAAGUUAUAGUUGUUGUGCUGGACCAGAAUGAUAAUACUCCUGUCUUCACCCAAAAUCCAUUCCUUGGCAGUGUACCAGAAGCUUCAAAAAUAGGGUUUGAGUUCAUGACCGUCAGUGCCACUGAUGCAGACGAACAGGGCAGUGACAAUGCUGAUGUCAGGUACUCAAUCAAUAAUCAGGAACCACCAGAGCCAAGUUCAAACAUGUUUACCAUCAACCCUAUCAGUGGAGUGAUCUCAGUGAAUGCUGAUGGACUGGACCGGGAGAAAUUUAGGGAAUAUACCUUGGAGAUUCAAGCAGCAGAUGAUCAGGGCAGAGGCCGCUCGGUCACUGGAAAAGCUGUUAUUACUGUAACGGACAGCAACGACAAUCCACCUCAAUUUCUGCAAAAUUUGUACGAGGUGACCGUCCCAGAGAAUGAAGUGGGAGCUGUGGUGGUAAAAAUGCCAGUUGAGGAUAAGGAUGAGCCACAGUCAUCUGCCUGGGCAACAAAGUUCAGUAUUGUUAAAGGUGACACCAGUGGAUUUUUCAACAUCACCACAGGACCAAACAAACAGGAGGGCAUCAUUACUACUGUCAAGCCAUUGGACUUUGAGAGUAACAACAAAUAUACACUGCUGGUAGCUGUGGAAAACGAGGUUCCAUUUGCAAAACCUCUGACUACCUCCACUGCUACAGUCAUUGUAAGUGUUAUUGAUGUGAACGAGGCUCCAGUGUUCAAACCAGUGAAGAAGUUGAUUUCGAAACCUGAAGAUGAAAAGGUUGGUAGUGAACUGACUGUCUACACUGCCAUUGAUCCAGAUACUGCAAAGGCCCAGACAGUGGCGUAUCGUGUUGAAGAUGAUCCUGCUGGCUGGUUGAGCGUUGAUCGAGACACUGGACUAAUCAAAGUCAAGAGUCCUAUGGACAGAGAAUCUCAUUUUGUGAAAGAUGAUAAAUAUACAGCCCAAAUCCUAGCUGUAGAUAAUGAUGAAAUUCCAGCAACUGGUACUGGGACCCUUGUAAUUGAGCUGGUGGAUGUGAAUGAUAAUGCUCCAACAGUUGAGAUGAGGGACAUUGAUGUAUGUAAUAAGGAGCCACUUCCAGUGGUCCUGCCUGUGACUGAUAAGGAUGGGCCUGGCUUUACUUCUCCUUUUAGUGUGGCAUUGCAAGGAGAUGGCAAGGACAAUUGGACUGCCACAAUGAACGCGUCGAAAACGGGGAUUGUACUUUCAUUGAGGGCUCCACUCAGUCCUGGAGCUUACGAUGUUGUUCUGAGGGUGGCUGACAUCCAAGGCCUAUCACAAGACAACAUUAUCCGGGCCACUAUAUGCGACUGCAAAGGAGCUGAUUUUGGAUGCCAGGAUAGGGCCGUGGCAGCAUUCGGCAUCUCUGGUGUUCUUGGAAUUUUGGGGGCUAUUUUGGCUCUGUUGUUGCUGGUCCUGCUGCUGCUUCUGUUCCUUAGAAGAAGAAGAAGCUCCAAGAAGGAACAGCCCCUGAUCGAUGAUGAUAUCCGUGACAAUGUUUACUAUUAUGAUGAAGAGGGUGGUGGAGAGGAUGAUCAGGACUAUGACCUGAGCGUUUUGCACAGGGGCCUCGACAACCGUCCUGACGUGUUCCGUAAUGAUGUGGCUCCCACCUUUAUGUCUGCCCCAGAAUAUCGUCCACGGCCUGCAAACCCUGAGGAGAUUGGCACCUUCAUUGAUGAUAACCUGAAGGCAGCUGAUAAUGACCCUACAGCUCCCCCCUAUGAUUCCCUCUUGGUGUUUGAUUAUGAGGGUGGUGGAUCAGAGGCAGGAUCCCUCAGCUCCCUGAACUCUUCCAGCUCAGGAGAUCAGGACUAUGACCGUCUUAAUGAGUGGGGACCACGCUUCAAGAAAUUGGCUGACAUGUAUGGCGGAGGAGAGGACUAGGAAUUGGGAGAUUUUUCAGAAGCUUCAUUUUAGGUAUGAAGCACAAAGAUGGACAGACUGAUGGAUAGAUGUAAAUUUGGGACAGUUUUAGUUUCCAUGUUGGUUUAUGAUUUAAUAUUGGAACAAUACUGUCCAAAACAGGCUAAAAGAGUGGCUAUUUUUUGUGGCUCAUUUGUUAAUGGAUUACUUUUUACUGCAUGAUUUUUCAAAGCACUGUGAGGUAUGAUGUUUAUCAAUAAAGUUUUAUCAAGUUUGUAUCCCAUUUCUGUGUUUUUAGAUAGAUUUUACAUUUGAUUCCUCUGUACCAUGUAAUUCACACUGUGUAGCCAUUAAGUUGUUUGUUUCAAUUUUUUUUUUAUUAAAUGUUAUACACAA